UGUUCCGAGCACAGAGGCCGCAUCUUGCGCGCUCUUCUUCGCCUCGGCCUAUGCGCUGCGGAUUGCGUUUCGCGUGCUGCCGUGAGUUUUUGAGAAAUACCCCCAGGCCCGGGUACUCUAAGCACCGGAGAGAACGUCCUCGGAGGUGAAAAAUCUGUCUCGGUGGUAGUGCUCUCGCUAUACAGUGUCUCAAACGGACGAUUUUUUCGUAUCGUUAUGAUUUGAUCUUCUUUGUGAUACCACGACAGAUAUUUUUCCACAACGUCUGCUCCAUGUGUGGUGGAACUUAAGAAAAUCCCACCGGACAGUGGCCUGUGCAUGGGGAAAACUUCUAUUUUUGAGCUCAUUCUUCGUCACUCACUUACCGACGGAAUGUAAAAGAAGUUUCUUUCUUCAAUUUGCUGCAGUUUAAUCGAUUGCUCGGUUAGAUUCCAUAAUCAAGCUUAUUCCAUGACAUUUGUGAACCUUUGCUAAAUUAUGAUUUAAAAAAAAAAGUGUUUACUAAAAACUGCCAUGCUUUAGUCAAAUAACAACAACAAGAAAUACGUGUAAAGACUGAAUGACUUUUCAUACAUUAAUCCCAUAUAUAGUGAUUAUCAUGAUAAAAUUAAUUUCUCAGUGAUUCCAUGCAUUAAGUAAGUUUUUUUUUCCUUUUAAAUAAUCUCGUUAAUGUGUUAUAUAUGUAAGGUACUGAUAGUGUAAUGGAUGAAAGAGAAACCACUUGACAGCACAAAACGCGUGUUUUGCGAAAAAAAUUGUUAAUUUUACGGUGAAAAAAAAAUACAAAAGUGGCAAAUAAAGGACAGAAUCUUAUAAUGUCUCGGCGGAAGCAGUCUCGUCCAAUCCGUGUCCAGGAUGACGAUGAAGAACUUUGCACUAAACCUCCCAUUAAGGAUUCCAAGGAUGGAAACAUGGAAAAUGGUGACAGUGCAGGUUCCUGCUCCGAAGACGACGCUCUGUUGACCGAUACGAAUACUCGAUUAACAUGCGAGCGAUGUCACGAGACAUUUGCCGACGAUCAAGAUCUUCUAGAUCAUCGGGACACUUGCAGUAUAUCCCCUAUCAGCAUUCCCGUGAAAGUUGAAGCAUCAACAUCGCCAGAAGUGGCGGGCCAUAGUAGUUCUCCAACCGGUAGUCCGGUAGCAAUAGCUAAAUCGGAACAAUUAGGCACUGAUGAAGAAUCCCCAGAUACCACAGAUCCUAUAGAUUCUGGUGGUGUAGAAAAAGCCCUACGACAUAGUCAAGAUGCUGCAAAUAAUAAUAGCAGUGAAGGUGAUGAGGAAGCCGGAGAUGAUACUCUUGAAGAUGAAGAAGAAGAAAAUAUGGAAAGAAGCGAAAUACCUGCAGAAUCAGAUAUAAAUAGCCCGGUGGCAGGAGGUCCUUUUCCUCCUAGCCAUGUUACUCUAGAGGCACUUCAAAAUACAAAAGUUGCGGUAGCUCAAUUUGCUGCUACCGCUUUAGCCAAUAAUGGCAACAAUGAGGCUGCCCUCAAAGAACUCGCAGUUUUGCAUUCAACACUCUUUACUCUGCAACACCAACAUGUAUUUCAGUUACAAUUAAUUCAGCAAUUACAAUCGCAAUUAUCAAUGAAUGUACCCAAAACUUCUGAUAUUGGCAAAGAAGCAACGGAUAUAAACAGUCAUGAGGAAGAGCAUAUGGAUGCAAAAGAUGAAAUGGAAGGAUCUGAAGAUGCAGCAGAUCGGGAUGACAUGAGUGAGAAGCACGAUGAUGAAGAUCUGUCCAAAUUGGAACCAGAAGUCAUAAUUAGCAGGGAUCCUAGUCCAGAACCGCUUGUAAAAAAAUCCUCAUCUCUCCUCGAAAAAGGAGAUGAGCAGCCUGUACCGACAACGCAACCUCUAAUUCCAUCCCUUGCCUCUCACCAACCACCUAGAAUUCCAUCUCCAAUGAAAGCACCUAUGUGCCACAUAAGUUCCUCUUUAGCUUCCAGUAUAAUAACAAAUCACGAUCCACCACCUUCGCUAGAUGAACCAAAUUCUUUGGAAAUGCUCCAGAAGCGAGCUCAGGAAGUUCUUGAUUCUGCCUCGCAAGGUCUUCUGGCUGGCAACUUAGCUGAUGAGUUGGCAUUUCGGAAAGAUAAAAUGUCACCUUAUGAUUCAAAGGGAAAUCGCAAUGAACCUUUCUUCAAACAUCGCUGUAGAUACUGCGGCAAAGUCUUUGGAUCAGACUCUGCUCUCCAGAUCCACAUCCGUUCACAUACAGGGGAACGCCCCUUUAAAUGUAAUGUAUGCGGUAGCCGAUUUACCACGAAAGGCAAUCUUAAGGUGCACUUCCAACGACAUACUACAAAAUUUCCGCAUGUCCAGAUGAAUCCAAAUCCUAUUCCAGAGCACUUAGACAAGUAUCAUCCUCCGCUACUAUCUCAGUUGUCUCCUGGCCACCCACCUCCACAGCAUACAUCUCUGCCACAUCCACAAUUGCCUGUAUCAGUGCCCGUGCCCUUUCCACCAGGUGCCGGAUUUCCUGGUCUCCCUCUAUAUCGGCCGCCAUUGGAUCUACUCAAACCCAUGGGUGGCCACCCUCAUCCCCUCUUUGGGUUGGCACCACCACAGCAUCCUGAACAGGAUAUGCCAGCUGAUCUGAGCAAACCCUCUCAACCGCCUGCGAAAUCCCCUUCGCCAACUCGGGUGCCUAAAGUGAAACAAGAACCUAGAGAAGAUAUAAUGACACCGCCACAGGAGACACACCAACCGAGGGAAAAGUCACCACGUGAAAGAGGACGUGAGAGUAUAUCUCCACCACUAACAAGGGUACGCUUUGAACAGGAAACAGAUAGAUUCUCUCCUCCGGCCACAUUCGAUGAUUGCUCUAUGGAUAGUAAGUACAGUGAACACCGCGAUGGUCGUGAUCAAGAACAACCUGAAAACUUGUCUGCAAAACCUGCUCCUAGAUCUCCGCCUAGUAGCGCCAGCAGUCAAGCCUCUGGAUCAAUAAUCUUUCAUGGUUCCACAGGUGGACCUGAUCCCACCAAAGAUCCUGCUUUGUACUCGUCUCUCCUGCCACGGCCUGGGAGUAAUGACAACUCUUGGGAAAGUCUCAUUGAAGUGACAAAAACAUCAGAGACAUCAAAGUUACAGCAACUGGUAGAUAACAUUGAACACAAACUUACAGAUCCAAAUCAGUGUGUCGUGUGCCACAGGGUUCUCUCGUGCAAGAGUGCUCUCCAAAUGCAUUAUCGGACUCACACGGGUGAGCGACCGUUUCGUUGUCGCAUCUGUGGUCGUGCUUUUACUACCAAAGGAAACCUCAAGACUCACAUGGGUGUACAUCGAAUGAAGCCCCCAAUGAGGACACUUCAUCAGUGUCCAGUGUGUCAUAAAAAAUACUCUAAUGCCCUAGUGUUGCAACAGCAUAUCCGAAUGCAUACAGGAGAACCUACAGACCUGACACUAGAACAAAUCCAGGCAGCUGAAGUAAGAGAUUUUCCUUCACUGUCACCAGGACCAUUUGGUAUGGGCCCAUUUGGAUUUCCUUUGGGAGCUGGAGUAUCUAGCCAUGUUGGUGGUUCAGGAUCGUCUCUAGGUGAUAAUGAUGACUUUAUGGAGGAUGAUGAGGAUUUUGAUGACGAAAACAGCAAUUCCGGCGAUAUGGGAAGUACAUCUGGUAAUUCUCUUCCAACAUCCCUGGCUGCGUUGGAAAACCAAGUUCGAACAAUUACAACAAUGGCAUCUCAACUCUCAGCAUCUGGUCUGGUUGCACGAUCUACGGAAGAUAUUUCACGUGCUCACUUCAUCCCAAGUCAUACAGCCAGUAAUGGGGAACGAAGUUCACCUCCUCAGAGCCCAGCAGCAACUCAGCCUUCACCUGCGCCUUCGGAAAACUCCACUGGUGGUGCCCUCGACCUCACUCCUCGUACCAGUGUGCCCCCACACUGUAGUCCACCAAUGAUGCAUAGUGGUCCCCCUCUUGGAAUGUUUCCCAAUUUUCCACUCCUACCCCAUGGUCCCAUUGCCUCCUCCACACCGAUGAUGAAUAGUGCGCUUAACUCGCUGGCACAGUCUGUUCUACCUGCGUCACCCUUCAAUCCACUCGGCAUUUCUGAUGAUCUCUUCGGGUACUCAAGAUUUGGUGUUCGUGGCAAUACAACGUGCAAUAUUUGCUUUAAGACAUUCGCGUGCAACUCUGCACUCGAGAUUCAUUACCGCAGCCACACUAAAGAGCGACCCUUUAAAUGUACAAUUUGUGAUCGUGGUUUUUCCACAAAGAAUGAAGAACUCCUCCAUACAUCCUUUCACACAUCCAAAAGAGGCAAUAUGAAGCAGCAUAUGUUGACGCAUAAGAUUAGAGAUAUGCCACAGCACAUGUUUGGCAACUCAACAGCAUCCUCGGAUGCGUCACAGUUCCGCCAGGAGACUCGGUCAGAGAACAGUAGCAGUUCCAUGGAUGGUCGUGGAAGCAAUCAUGAGCAGGAUAAUGAACGUGAACGUUCAUUGUCUGCUCAUGUACUGCGUCGAUCAUCACAUGAUGGCUCUCCGAAUGGGGAGACAAUUAAGCAUGAACCGGGUAUGAAGAGAUCACCGUCGGAACCGGAGCAUCCGUCACUUCCAAAGCGUCCCCUAACCUCAUCAUCUGCAUCCCAGCAAACACCCGUGAUAAAUACUCCAUCAGUGUCGCAGCCCUCAGCACCAAUCACACUUCAGCGAUCAGCGUCACCUCCGUUACCACCAAUAUCACUUAUUGCGGCACCUAGUAAAUCACCAACAUCGGGCCAGAAGCUUGAGCUUGGGCUUCUUCCACUUCAGAGAGAAAUGGAACGGUCUGAACGCUUAGAAAGGUCAGAAAAGCAUGCUGCUGAGGAACGCUCAUCUGCCUCCCAGCCACCAUCCAGUACGGCUUCUUCGGGUGACAACACUAACAGCAAGCAUUUAUGUGGUGUUUGUCGCAAGAAUUUUAGUUCGAGCUCUGCUCUGCAAAUUCAUAUGCGCACUCACACGGGUGAUAAGCCCUUUAGAUGCUCUGUGUGUCAAAAGGCUUUCACGACGAAAGGAAAUCUCAAGGUUCACAUGGGUACCCAUAUGUGGUCGAACGGAGCUUCUCGCCGCGGCAGGCGAAUGUCAUUAGAGCUGCCACUCAACAGACCACUGCCCUUGAACCCGCAGGACUCCGAAUUCCUCCAGCGACGACCAGACCUCUUCUAUCCGUACCUACCGGCCCCCUUCCUUAACGGCAUGCAGCAAAAGCAGCAAGGCGGUGGACCGGGCAGUCUUAGUUCUCCGCCUGGACUUACAAACAAGUAUGCUGGUCUACUGGGCUUCAGUGGCUUCAUACCAGGUGGGCAUCCAUUGAUGGGUGCAGUACCAGGUAGUCAGCACCAUUCGCCCUCACCUUCGCCCCUCAGUGAUAAACCACCAUCUUCGGUGAGUCCAACACCUAGUGGUGGUGGUGGCGAUGGCGACGGUGGAUCUUCGCCACGUAGUCGCGAUCAAAGUACACCACAAAGAUUAUGGGAUCUGCACUACGAGCGCAAGUCCGCCGGAGCGAAUGGUACUGUUGGGGGUGAUGGGGCUGCAAUGGAGGGUAUUGCUCUUUUAGCUCCCCCUACUCGCGGUGAAGGACUCGCUGCGUAAAAUCUCAUAUCUACAAAAAAAUUUUAACAUAUCUAAUGGAAAAUCUCCACCACAAUCCAAAUUGGAUUCCCAUUUAAUUGAAGAAUCGUGCGCGUAUUACUUCUUUCCAAAAUGGAAUUCACGUGAUUGAAUUUUGUUAUUUUAUUUUCUUGAAAAACAGUGCAAAGAUUUUGUUUAAUUAACUAUUUUAUAGUUUAAUUAAUUUUAUUUAAAGUACACAGGUUCCAUCAAUUGGCUGACAGGACCUAAAUUAAUAAAAAAAUAUACUGAUGGAUUUUAGGCGAUUGAUUGGGUUGGUUGAAUGUGCGUAAUUUGAAACAAAUCGUCCUGUUGAUAUAUCACUAGUCUUUUAUGAAAACAAUAUACAUAGAAGCGGGAAUGAAUGAAAUUAGAACUAUGUAUUUAGGAGUAUGUAGGUAACAACAAAAAAAGCAAAAUUAAAAAAUAUAUAUAAUUUCAGUGAAACAAUUACAAUGUAAUAAAAAAGUAAAUAAAUAGGUAAUAAUUUAAUAAAAA